GCGAUAAAUCUAAACUACGCGCAAUCAUGACAGUUUGUUUUUACGAUGUGUCAAUUUGGAAUGCUCCAUGAUUAAUCGCGUAUUUUACUCGUUAAAAGUGCAUAGCGAGUGCGAAUUUUUGUCGGCAGUGUCGAUUAAAGUGACAAACGAAUGUUGGAACAUAUUGUAUUAUUUAUUGCGAGUGUUCGCGAUUAUUAGCGGUUCGUCGUAAGUAGACGACGGAAUUGACAUCAGAUUUUGCAACUAAACCGGAGGAUUGAAUUGCUGUAAACACGUAAGGUAUUAAUUUAAGAUGAUAAUAAUCGGCUAGUAUUAUAUCGCGGACGUGAUUGUGCGAAAUUUUGUUGGAUGACAAACAUCUUGAAAUCACGAGAAUUCGAGUUUCGUCUGAAUAUAGGCGAAGGUUUCUCGAGCGCGAUUGGUCGUUUCUAUCAGUUGGCACCCCUACGGAGUCAACUAUAAUGGAGUUGGAUCGGACGUGAGAAUGUCGAUCAUUGUAUUCUUUUCCAUAUUUCGACGGAUUUAUUGCGCGGCGACGACCGGAAUGUAUGAUAUCCGUGAGUAUACAUGCUUCAGAUGAUAUAACAUUCAAGAAUGAAUCAGCCGCGAACGCGAUUGUACGAAAUUCGCUUGGAUGAAAACAUCCUGGAAUUGUAGCAAGCGAGAUUCGUGGAAAGACUUUCGUGAGCGCGAUCGGUUGUUUAUGUUGGCCAUCGUUUGCGGCCUUGCAAGGUCAACCGCCAUAUCUAAGUCAUUCGAGCCGACUUGUAUUACUUUACAUUACGCGUUAUUUUCCGUAUCUCGACGAGUUUAUAGUAGCAAAUUUGUAAUUUUCCGGGAGUGAUCGUAUUGCGGAAUGGAUUGUGACAAGAAUUUCUGCAAAAAUACCGAUUACAGAAACAGAAAAUCGUCGCAAAGUAUUGAUAUUUCGGCGUAUAAAAAUUGAAUUCGGGAAAAUAAAAGAUCGCGAGAACGGUCAUACGAAGUAUUUAGUAGACCGAUGUUAUGCUCUCGCAAUCAUCGUUUCGUGCGUGUGUUGUGUCGCAUAUGUAUGUGUGUUGUGUGUAUACAACAUGGAUAUCAACAGUCUUCAAUUGAGAAUCAAGGAUAUAUGCUGCGAAUAUGCGAGGAUAUAGUCUGCUGCAUCUGGUUUUCCCGAAGCUUUGGAUGCUGCGAUGUAUGAUCGGUUGUAACUGCAAAAGGAAAGGAGUCUCUCCGCAAUGCACGAGGCUUUAACAACGCGCGAAGAUAUGAGGAAAAUGCCGUGAACGUACGUCGAACUUAAAGUCGAGAUUCGCGAAACCGUUUGCCGUAGAAAUUCGAUCGAUGAGAGAAGUGUACUCGGUUCGCGAUAAAGUAGUAGCCGCGAUGAAUCGCGUUGUGCUGUGAACAGUGCAUGGAAAGAAGGUCGAUCUAGAACUGCGAGCGUCGUCAAAUGGAGUCACUUUCGGAUCACGAGGAUGCCAUCGCCAGGAUCGAGUCCACGAACGCAUGGUGAAAUGAUCGUGUGCGUAGUGUAUCGUGAACGCUGCAGCGAUUUCUAAGAAGCAAUUGCCCAAGGUUAAGAUGUACCCCGCGCCGGCGAGACAUCCCGCCGCUCCCGGCGGCGGCGGUAGCGGCGGGGCUGCGGGCGGACUGAAAUUCACGGUGGCGGACACUUGCGAGAGGAUCAAAGAGGAAUUCAAUUUCAUCCAGCAGCAGUACCACUCACUGAAGCUUGAGUGUGAGAAGUUGGCCAGCGAGAAGACCGAGAUGCAGAGGCACUACGUUAUGGUAAGGCACUUUUACUAUGAGAUGUCGUACGGCCUCAACGUUGAAAUGCACAAGCAGACUGAAAUUGCCAAGAGGCUGAACGCGAUAAUCGCGCAACUGCUUCCGUUCCUAGCGCAAGAGCAUCAGCAGCAGGUGGCCAACGCCGUUGAGAGGGCAAAGCAAGUCACCAUGUCCGAAUUGAAUGCCAUUAUCGGGCAGCAACAGCAACAAGGUCUCCAGCAACUAUUGCAACAGAUCCAUGCGCAGCAACUGCCCCAUGGCGCGGUGGUCGGCGGUCUUCCGCCAGGCGGUCUGCUAGGCUUCGCAGGUGCGGCCGCGGCGGCCGCAGCCGCGGGUGUGCCGCCGCACUUGGCGCCGCCGCCGCAUCCCGCGGCCGCGGCUGCGGUCCAGGCACAGGCGCAAGCGCUUCUGAAGCCCGCCGAUCUGCAGCAACAUCGCGCGGCCGCGGAGACACCUGAGGACCGUAAACCGAUCGCACUGCCGGACGAGAGGCUCGGCCACCGUUCGGUCUCACCGCCUGAGAAAUUUCGCAGCCGCACGCCCGACCUCGAGAGCGACCCCAAGAGACGAAAGGAGGAGAAGUUAGGACAUGAGAGCGAUGCCGAGAAGAGCGACCAGGACUUGGUAGUCGACGUAGCGAACGAGGAGGCGUCGUCACCGCAUGCAAAUGGGGAACACUCGGAUCCGCGCGAAAACGGCACCCUGGAGAAGCUGGGCGCGCCAGGCCACGUUGGCGGACCGGCAUCCGGUGCAGGCUCGGCGUCCGUAAAGGAUAGGCCGCCGUCGCGCAGCGGCAGUUCCUCCGCCCGUAGCACGCCGUCUCUGAAAAGUAAAGAUGUCGACAAGCCGGGUACACCUGUGGCGGCGGCGAGGGGCUCGCGCAGUUGUACGCCAACUAUGGGCGGCAUCCCUGGGCCCUUGGCAUCGCGGGUCUAUCAUCCGCCAUCGUCGCAGCAAACGCCACCGCAGGGUUAUCAGGGCUUGCCAUCCCGCGGCAAUGAGCCGCCGCAGUCGCCCUCGCCAUACAGCAACUUGCCAUACGCGCGGCCCUCGAUGCUCGGUUUCGACAGUCACAUGAGGAUAUCAGCGAGUAACGGACUGAAUAACAUCGCGGGUGGCAAACCAGCAUAUUCCUACCAUAUGAACGGCGAGGGCCAACUGCAGCCCGUACCAUUCCCCACGGACGCUCUAGUAGGACCGGGUAUCCCGCGUCACGCGCGCCAGAUUAAUACCCUAACUCACGGCGAGGUGGUCUGCGCCGUAACGAUCUCGAAUCCGACCAAGUACGUCUACACCGGCGGCAAGGGUUGCGUCAAGGUUUGGGAUAUCGGCCAGAGCGUCGGCAGCGCGAGCGUGAAACCGGUUUCGCAGCUGGAUUGUUUGCAGCGUGACAAUUAUAUUAGAUCCGUGAAGCUGCUACCUGACGGAAGGACGCUGAUAGUCGGCGGGGAGGCAAGUCAAUUGAGCAUCUGGGAUCUAGCUAGUCCCACGCCUAGAAUCAAGGCGGAAUUGACUUCCUCGGCGCCUGCCUGCUACGCGCUGGCAAUAUCUCCGGACUCCAAGGUCUGCUUCAGCUGUUGUAGUGACGGAAACAUUGCCGUGUGGGAUCUGCAGAAUCAAACGCUGGUCAGGCAGUUCCAAGGACAUACGGAUGGCGCGUCCUGCAUCGACAUCUCCGCCGAUGGAUCGAAACUGUGGACUGGUGGCCUCGACAACACCGUACGAUCGUGGGAUCUUCGUGAAGGCAGGCAGUUGCAACAGCACGAUUUUACCUCGCAAAUAUUCUCGCUGGGCUACUGUCCCACCGGCGAAUGGCUGGCCGUCGGCAUGGAAAACUCAAACGUAGAGGUGCUUCACGCCACCAAGUCCGACAAGUAUCAGCUGCAUUUGCACGAAUCCUGCGUGCUGUCCCUGCGUUUCGCCUCUUGCGGCAAGUGGUUUGUUUCCACCGGCAAGGACAAUCUCCUAAACGCAUGGCGCACGCCGUACGGUGCUUCAAUAUUUCAGUCUAAGGAGUCGUCGUCGGUGCUGAGUUGCGACAUUUCUGCGGACGACAAGUACAUCGUGACCGGAUCCGGCGAUAAGAAGGCCACUGUAUACGAAGUGAUUUACUAAGCCUCUUUAUUUCCAGUAAAGAGAGAGAGACUUGCCUUUCCUCCCUUAAUAACAUUAAAAACCACGAACUUGAUUAAUGUGUAUUCUCCCUUUCGCAAAGAAAGGGGGGUGCGAGGAGUUUUCGCAAGCGAAACUCUUCGCAGCCUUAGGACCCUAGACCGCGCGACUGAUUACUGUGUACAUAUACACAUACGGCGAAUCUAUAUUGUAAUGGAAUAACUUUAGAAGAAGAAUGGAAAGUCAAUGUGUGCGUGUCUGCGUGCGCGUAUAUGUAUGAACGUGGAUCGAGCGAUGUAUAUUAGAUGCGUGUCCCGAUUUCGCGAGUGCAUGUCCCGAUUCCGUAUACGCGAUUACGCGCGCGGACGGGACUUCUAUUUGUCGCGUGCAUACAAUGAGCGAGCGCGUUGGAACGACGUUACCGGAGUGAUUCGCAUGUGCACUAAAGUAAACGAGAAGAGCCUUCGCAAACGGUGAUGUUAGAUAUAUAUGAUUUUGUAGCUACGUAAAUGUAUAGGAUUAUACAACGCGUCUAAAGUGGACGGCUGAUGUCGAGGGCAAGGCCUACCAAUUCCCGCCUAUCCGCGAGAAAUUGCAUUACGCUUUUUAAUAAACGAACAUACCGUCGUUGAGACAUUGUUUCAAACUUUUAUCAGACGCUGUAUCUUUGAACGAAUCGUACUUUCUUGUUAUCUUCUCGAACAACACGGUACAAAGAAACGUCUUUGCGAUGUUUCUCAGAGACUUGGUUGUGUCGGUCGUUUUUAUUAUUCAGACGCACAUCGUUGAUGUAAAAGUAAUUCGCUAAGAAUAAUCAGUAUUGCGCGCAGAUUGUUGGACUUUUUUUCCUCUACUUGGUUCAAUCAUUUCGAAUUUCGACGAAGAAGAAAUUACUGCAUCGAAUGGUGAUUUUCCAAGCGUGUAAAGCGAGGUGACGGUAUCUCGGACCGUCUCCUCAUCCUGUUAGUGUCAGUAUCAAUGUCACGAGCGUCGCUGUUCGGUACAGCUCGCGCGGUAUGAACUAGUUUACGAACGAAAUACCUUUUUGCAUCGUAAAUAUAAAGCGAUAACUUACGUAUAAUAAUCGAAUUUCUACGUGAUAUAGCGCGUAUGCGUGACGACGAAUGGUACGAAUCCCUGUACAGAAUCCUUGUACAUAUUCGACGAUUGUGAUUAAUGAUUAUAACAUAUGGCGCACGUCGCCGUAGAGAACGGUCUCGGAUUCUUUAAAUAUACCUAUGUAAAGUACAAUCCACCCCCACCCCCCACCCCCUCCGUGCACAAUCGAAACAAAACUAUUUCUCUACUUUAAUUAGGUGACACUUGAACGCGCGAAGAUCAAGAUAGAGGCGGACGAUUUGCCGACGAAUCAAUAUCGCUUUUUCGUAUCGAUUAAGUCUGUUACGUAUUUACGUUGAAAAACAUCUGGAUUGAUCAAUAAUAAUUGAUAGAUAUUAGAUCAAUCAAUGAUCGAGGUUGCAGCCUUCAUUGUAAAGUGUAGUAAAGAGCGAUUUUGUAACUUGUGCUCUUUAUUGAUCUUCGCCUGAAAAUUAGCUGAAUGAAAUUCUCGACAGACAGACGAGCGCGAAUUAUAAUGCAUCAUCGAAGUGAAUAAAUUUGUGAAAUUAUAUUCUUCAUUCUCUCUGUAAUCCUUAACUUAAGAUAUUAAAGAUAAAUAAUCUUUGAGAAGAACAAAUAGUUACUUUAUUUAUGUUUGGUGGCGAUUAUAGUUCUCGCAAUUCUCGUCUCACUGGCGAAUAUACGACGAAUUGAGAAGAAAAAAAAAAAGGUUUGAUUAAUACAUUAUAUGUAGGGCAAAAGAUAUGUCAUAUAAUUAACGGUGACGUAUCCACAAAUUUCUUGAAAAAAUAAAUAAGGGUCUAAUUCCAUUUUUCCCCAUCGCUGCAUUUUUAGCAAUAAUAAUAUGUGACAAUUGA